CUGAGGGGAGGCGGCGGCGCGAGGCGGGAGCGGCGCCAUGGAGCGCUACGAGAAGCUGGGCAAGGUCGGGGAGGGCUCCUACGGCGUCGUCUUCAAGUGCCGCAACAAGGACACGGGGCAGAUCGUGGCCAUCAAGAAGUUCCUGGAGUCCGAGGAGGACCCGGUGAUCAGGAAGAUCGCCCUGCGGGAGGUCCGCAUGCUGAAGCAACUGAAACACCCCAACCUGGUGAACCUGCUGGAAGUCUUCAGGAGGAAGAGGAAGCUGCAUCUGGUCUUCGAAUACUGCGACCACACGGUGCUCCACGAGCUGGACAAGCACCCCUGGGGGGUGCCAGAGCAUCUAGUCAAGAGUAUAACCUGGCAGACCCUCCAAGCUGUGAACUUCUGCCAUAAACACAACUGCAUCCACCGAGACGUAAAGCCAGAAAACAUCCUGAUAACAAAACACUCGGUCAUCAAACUCUGUGACUUUGGAUUUGCUCGCAUACUGACCGGGCCAAGCGAUUACUACACGGACUACGUGGCCACCAGGUGGUACCGCUCCCCGGAGCUGCUGGUGGGCGACACGCAGUACGGUCCUCCCGUGGACGUCUGGGCCAUCGGCUGCGUCUUCGCGGAGCUGCUGGCCGGGGUCCCCCUGUGGCCCGGCAAGUCCGACGUAGACCAGCUGUACCUCAUCCGCAGGACCCUGGGGGAUCUUAUUCCCAGGCACCAGCAAGUGUUCAGCACCAACCAGUUCUUCAGCGGGGUGAGAAUUCCAGACCCAGAGAGCAUGGAGCCACUGGAAAUGAAAUUCCCUAGUAUUUCACAGCCUGCUUUAGCUCUCAUGAAGGGUUGCCUUCAUAUGGACCCUGCAGAGAGGCAGACAUGUGAGCAGCUGCUGCAGCAUCCCUAUUUUGACAGCAUAAGGGAGGCAGGAGAUCUGGGGAAAGAACAAGAAAAAACAGCUCGGAAGCCAGCCAAGCUGACACGGAAGCAUGUGCCAGGGUUGCAGUGCCUGCCUCAGUUAACCAGCAGUAAUGUUCUGCCAGCUCUGGACAGCAAGAAGUACUUCUGCAAAGCAAGGAAAUCAAACUACCAUUUCCCUAACAUCUAACUGGAUGGAAGAUUAAAAACUACUUAUUGCUCAAAGUUCAAGUUCUUCAGAAUUUAUAAAAGGAGGAGAUGGGAUGGCAAACUAAAUUACUACACGUUAUGACAUAUAAAAGUGGUCCUUAAAGUAAUGCACUCUGGGCCACGAAUGUCAGGAAAGCGAUGCACUCCAAGCUCACGUUAGUCAGUGUUCUGUGUACAAAGGAAACUACGUUUGUUUUGCUUUAAACCAUGAUUGCACAUUGGUUCAGGAUUACUGCAAACCAGUGUUUACAGUGUGAAUCUAAGAACUCUGUUGCCUAUCUGUCGCCUGUAGUUCAGACUUGGCAGAAGAACUGCAACCUUGCCAAAUAAAUCGGAGAGUCCCCCUGUGUCAGAACAGUUAUGCUGUUUGAGGCUGGGGCUAAGUAACUGAUCCUGCAAGGAGCUGUAACCUUAUUCCCUAUGUGAGUGGAAGACAGAUGUGUGUGUUUAUGGAGCCGAGACUGAAGCCAGGCUACCUAACUGGUCCAGUUAGUUAUAAACCUGCUGAAACAGCACUGCUUUAAAGGUAUGUCUGUCUUGUGCACCGCAUUUAUAUAUCAUGGAGUAUUAAAAGCACUGGCAAUGACUUAGACUUACUGGAAGGCUCAACCCGUACUGUUACCAGAAGAACGUAAUUAAUAAAAAUCAAUUUUUUCUUUAGUCUUUUUGGAGUUUCUCCUGCCUGUUUCUUCCUUGCAUUAUGAGGUUAUUUUUAUUUGCUGUUUUUGUCAAUAGCCAAGCCACUUGCCUGUAGUGAACAAUUGUAUUUAUCAAAAACAAUUCAUGAAUGUAAUUUAUAACAAAAGCCAGACACAGGCAGGAAUUCUACCUAAGUAUGUGUACGAGAACAAACAUUGGGGUUUGUGUAACUUCCGAAUGUAAUACUGUGUUUGAAUAAAAUAAAUGUAGCUUGUUUUUCCAA